CCUAGGCUUCAACACAUCUCUUCCGCGGAAAAAAUUGACUCCGUAUUGGCUGAAAAGCUAAACUUAACCUCAUGGCUAAUGCAAGUGCCGCUUAUGCCAUGUACUGAUAUUGAGGCGGUUUCAAAGUACGGUCAAGCAUUAAGCGUCGACAUAUGGUUCAAUGACCUAUUGAACGUACUAAUCCAGUCGCAACGUCAUUGGAUGUACCAAAGGAUACCAGAACAAAUAGGUGAUGAUGAUUCGCAGGCUUCUACACCUCCAAAAACAGAUUCUUUAGUUGUCAACAGCAAAAGAAAGUAUCAUGAAAAACGAAACUCCGGAAAGCAUCAAGCGCCAUAUCACCGAUAUCAAGGCUACUUUGAAAUUAAAGAAAAUAGAAAGAGGUACUGCGAAACAGAGAAACUCUGAAUCCAUUUCGCAGAUCCCGCCUGCCUUGAACAAGCUCUUGAGUCAGGAUAUACGGUACUGCGAUAUACCUGUUGCUUUCGAAGAACGCCAUAUAAAUGGCUCCAUAGGUAUUUCGCCUACAGAAGAUCAAAUCGAUGCGCUAGUAACAAAGUAUAGCAGCAAAUUUGUAUUAGCAAUAAUUCAAAGUACAAGUUCCUGGGAUUUGAUUACCAAUCUUGAUGCGUUUUACCAACAAGACUCUUCAGUGGACGAUUGCGCAUUACCUCCUAACACCGACAUGGACAUAAAUGCAAAAGCCAUAUUAUUACAAGAAACUGAAGAACUACAUAACUUCAAAGAACUCAUCAUUCAAUGCGGACCGAUACAAUUAUCAGCUAUUGUUGGCUAUUAUGGACAGACUGGUAGCAAUACUAAAACGGCAUUCCUCGGAUCAGCUCUUCCCAACGUUGUCGUUGAGCAUAGAGGGAACAUAUACCAUUUUGAUACCGUUUUUUCAUGCUAAGUAAGGAGGUUUAUGCUUUAUCUACUUGGCAUACAGUGAAGCUUACAGUGAUCGUAAUAUAGGCACACACGAACUAUUAGACAUCUGCGUAACGAUACAAAAGCAAAUGCAGAUCGAUUAUGGUCUUUUGGUAGCCAAGGUUCCAACGGCAGGAUUUCAUACCAUGU